UGGCUGUAGCUUAGCAUGGCGGACGAAGAGCUAAUUCAGCCAGCACCGUCUUUGCUGAAGGCAAAUGUUUGGGCGCAUUUUGGAUUUGAUUAUUUGCUGCUUAAGAAGGAGCUUGCCAUGACUUAUGCAGUGUGCAAAAUCUGCAAAAUGAAAGUCAAGUACUUCGGAAACACUUCAAAUCCGCAAGCCCACAUGCUACGCUAUCACCCGGAGCUAAAAGAGGGGAGCAGUGGUAUCUGCCGACUACUGACCAGCCAACUCCGAACGAGCAAAGGCGAUAAACAUGCAGCCGUUAUUGGUUAUUAAAGAAAAAACUCUCCCUGAAAACCAAGAAUGGAGUCUGAGUGUUGACCAGGAGGGCAUUAAAGAAGAAGAGAAGCUGUGGAUAAGUCAGCAGGGAGAGCAGCUUCAGCAGCUGGAGGAGGCAGAUCUCACCACAUUUGGUUUCACUGCC